AUUUUGAACAUUCCAAAGGCAAAGUGAAUGAGAUUAUUCGAUGCCAAAAGAUAUCCUAUAAUAUUCCCUGGAACUGGCCCAAUUGAGAGUCUUCACGACGCCUUGUUGCCGCUGCGAGGGCCGCUGAGCCCUCGCCUUGGACCUCGGGACGACAUCACUUGGUCGAUGCAAGUGAGAAUCAGCCAAGAUGCGCGACUUCAUAGAGUAUCUCCAAGAGGCCUUCAUCACAGCCAGCGGCGGCAACACAUAUGACAACAGUUACUCCAACCUCGACCUCACAUCGCGCUCGCUGCUGCACUUUGCCACGCCCACGGGCAGCAGGAUCACCCUCUCGUCCUUUGUGCGCCCCAGGUUCGGCACGUCGUACAGCAUCGGCAUAAAGGACGGCUGGGUCUCGUACCUCUACUCGACCCUGCCCACCGCCGCCACCACCAGCUCCGACCGCAUCCCCCUGCCCAACCUCCUGCGGUGCUACCGCCCGCUGUCCACCACCGCCCCGGCCCACGCCGUCGGCCACGGCCUCGUCUACGGCCGCCUGUACCUGCCCCAGAGCAGGCUCGAGGCCCUGCUCGCCGCCCGCGUCACCCCCGAGGUCAACCUGACCAUCCGCGCCGUCAGCCAGGAGUCCCUGCGCCACGGCGGCACCGCCCUCGCCCUGGCGUCGUGGGACGACCCCGCGGGCCGCUUCGGCAUCGAGACCCUCGCGUCGUCCGACGGCGGCGUCCUGGGCCUGAGGGGGCUGUGGAACGCGAGCAACCCGCCGGUGCGGAGCAGCGCCGCCGAGGUGGGCCCGGGUGCAGCAGCAGCAUCACUGCCCCCGAGCACGGCGAUACCGACCACCACCGCCUCCCCCGGCGAGGGCAGCCCGUCCAGCACAGCCGCAACGCCCGGAAUCAGCAGCAGCAGCAGCAGCAGUCAUCAUCACAACAACAACAACAACAACGGCAACGGCGGCAGCAGCAACGCCGACAGGGAGCGCGUCAACGGGCGCUUCAGCGUCGGCGGCGAGAUCUACUACGGCCUGCUCAACAAGUCGGGCGGGCUCAGCCUGGGCGGGCGGUUCCAGACCCUCCCGACGCACGCGGGCACCCCGCUGACGGCGGCCCUGACCUUCAACCUGCUGGGCCACUUCAGCGCCACCUACGCCGUCAUGGCCGGCCGCGGCUGCACGCUGGCCAGCGAGUUCGGCUUCAACGUCUACAGCUACGAGAGCGACUGGGCCGUGGGCGUGGAGCUGUGGCGGGGCGGCGGGGGGCGGAGGGGGGGAGGGGCGGUGGCGUCGUCGGAUGCUGGUGCUGGUGCCGGUGCUGGUGGUGAUGAAGGUGAAGGUGCUGGCCCGGGCCCGGCUGAUAUCCCGCAGCAGCAGCGGCGGCAGCAGCAGCAGGAGGCCGAGGCGGUCCUCGCUGCCAGGGCGGGGCUGGACCACGGCAUCGACCCGAGCCUGGCCGAGGCCAUGCACGCCAGGGAGGCCAGCAACAACCUGAUCAAGAACGCCGCGGCGGCCUCGCCCACCACCACCACCACCACAACAACACAAACAACAACAACGAGCACAUCACCAGCUACGACGAGGACCCCCAUGUACCAGCGCAGCUUCCAGGCGAAGCUGGAGUGGCGGCUCGACAGCGACGGGGCCGACAAGACCACCACGCCCGCGGCAGAGGUCUACGAUCCUUCCACAGGGGCGAGGCUGGCCACCGCCACUACAGGAGACGACGGCGGGGACGGCGGGGACGACGGCGCGGGCGAGGACUCGCCGGCCGGCGUGGUCAAGUGCCGCUGCGACCAGCACAUGCGGGUCGGGCUCAUGUACGAGGGCCGGUACAAGUCGCUCCUGUUCAGCCUGGGCACCGACGUCGACCUCCGCAGGCUGGACGCGCCCUUCCAGGGGGUCGGGCUCGCGGUGCAGUUCUCGUCGUGAGAUGGGUGGAUGUCUGGGCUUGGGGUGUGGCGGUUGUGGUUGUUCAAGGUCCGACUGUCUAUGCACGAG